CGGUGGGCGGAGCGUGGCUCUUGUAUCUUCUUUGCCCUCCCGGGUCCUCCCAGUCCUGCCCAGCCGGUGUAGUGCUCCUGGUUUCCUAUCUCGUCGUGGAGAGUCGCUGCCGACUGGGCGCUCGUGUUCGGGUCGUCAUGGCAAGUUACGAAUACGUGAGCCCGGAGCAGCUGGCUGGCUUUGAUAAGUACAAGUACAGUGCUGUGGAUACCAAUCCACUCUCUCUGUAUGUCAUGCACCCAUUUUGGAACACUGUAGUAAAGGUAUUUCCUACUUGGCUGGCUCCAAAUCUGAUAACCUUCUCUGGCUUUCUGCUGGUUGUGUUCAAUUUUCUACUUUUGGCAUACUUUGAUCCUGACUUUUAUGCUUCAGCACCGGGUCACAAGCAUGUACCCGACUGGGUCUGGAUUGUAGUGGGCAUCCUCAACUUCAUGGCCUACACUCUAGAUGGUGUGGACGGAAAGCAAGCCCGCAGAACCAAUUCCAGCACCCCGCUGGGGGAGCUUUUUGACCAUGGCCUGGAUAGUUGGUCAUGUGUUUACUUUGUUGUCACUGUGUAUUCCAUUUUUGGACGAGGAUCAUCUGGUGUCAGUGUUUUUGUUCUUUAUCUCCUGCUAUGGGUAGUUUUGUUUUCUUUCAUCCUGUCUCACUGGGAAAAGUAUAACACAGGGAUUCUUUUCCUGCCAUGGGGAUAUGACAUUAGCCAGGUGACUAUUUCUUUUGUCUACAUAGUGACUGCGGUUGUGGGAGUUGAGGCCUGGUAUGAACCUUUCCUGUUUAAUUUCUUAUAUAGAGACCUAUUCACUGCAAUGAUCUUUGGUUGUGCACUGUGCGUGACUCUUCCAAUGAGUUUGUUAAAUUUUUUCAGAAGCUAUAAAAAUAACACGUUGAAACACAAUUCAGUCUAUGAAGCUGUGGUUCCCUUCUUUUCUCCAUGUUUGCUAUUCAUUUUGUCUACAGCGUGGAUCCUCCUGUCACCUUCAGAUAUUUUAGAGUUACACCCUAGAGUGUUCUACUUAAUGGUUGGAACAGCCUUUGCCAACAGCACAUGUCAGCUGAUUGUUUGUCAAAUGAGCAGUACCCGGUGCCCGACUUUGAACUGGUUGCUGCUUCCUCUUUUUGUGAUUGUCAUGGUGGUGAAUGUAGGAGUAACCCCUUACAUUGAGAGCAUUCUCCUGUUUACGCUAACGGCUGCUUUCACUUUGGCCCACGUCCAUUAUGGAGUACGAGUGGUAAAGCAGCUGAGCAACCAUUUUCACAUUUACCCCUUCUCAUUGAGAAAACCAAACUCGGAUUGACUAGGAGUAGAAGAAAAGAAUAUUGGCCUGUAAUCUACAGAAAGAAGUACUGUAAAUAAGAUGCUUGUAAAUAUUCAUCCAUCACCGUUGAACUAAACUGAUCUGCUUAACAGACAUGGGAACUCAGUGUGUGUGUGGUACUUGGACAGCAGGAAUGAUACAUAUCUGAACUUGUGGAAUAUUGGACCUAUUAACUCCCAGCUUACUUUUUUAUAAAACCAUGUGUUGUUUUGGUUAAACGUAAUAGCCCAGCAAAAUGUUCCUUGUAGUUUAGGAGUCCAUAAUGUUUUGGUUCAUAGAGAGUUAAAGAUGCUUGGAUUUUAUUUUUCAAACCCUCAUAUUUGUUUAGGAACACUGAUAACAUUCAGAGGACCCAAUGUGUUUUCAUAUUUGGUACUUAGUAGUAAGUCUUUAGCUGUGGAAACUAUCAGUACCCCAAAUCUAAUAUAGGGAAAAGAUAAGAGCAAGUCACUUUCAGCAAGAAUGCCAAAUGAUUAGAGAACAAUAUACAGUUGCCAAAUACUGGUUUCACUUUCCCAUGGAAAUGCCUUUUGUCCUCAUGUGCUAAGAGAGCUUAUAUAUAUACAUAUAUAUAAAUUCUCUAGUAUUCUGGCUCUCUUUGUUAUGGAACAGAUCUUGAUAAGUGGUUUGAUUUUCUUUUAAAGAAAAAUAUUUUAUUGAGACUUAAGAGAGAAUGGAUUGUAAUUAUGGCUCACUCAUUGGCAUGGUUCAGUGUUUAAACGUGGCAUUUUUUCCCCUCAGCUACAAGUUGCUGAGAUUUGGUGCCUGUGAACUAUGAUCAUAUGAAUGCAUGUGAUAGCCCCAUUCUUAGAAUAAUUACUUGUGAGGAACAUAGAUUAACUUCCUUAUAAGAAAAGUUUCUUAGGAGUUAGGAAUCUCAUGAACCUCACUGUGAAAUUACUACUGUGAACGUUGCUCUGAAACUAGAUUUCUGUGGAGGAAAUAGUGCUGUUUUUUAAUUUCAUACAAGAUAAAGACAUAGAGAGAACUUCUCUCUUCCCCAACUCGUUCACUUCUCCACCUGAAGAAAAAUUUUGAUAUAUAUGCCUUACUGAGUAUUUACACCCUUUAAUAUGACUUGGAAUAAUUUUUGAGGUUUACUGACAAACUUAAAAAUCUCUUUUGACUUUCAUAUGAUUGUUUUAUGAUCACAGCUUUUCAUGAAUGUGGAUAUUCUAUUUCUUUCUGAUUUUGUCUCCUUAAUUUGGUGGUGGUGAAAUUUACCGGCUGAUUUUCUUUUAUUUUCCACUGAAUGAAGUUUGUGCUUGAAUGAAGAGUGUAUCUUAAACCCUUUUUUUUGGACGGAUUGCACUUGGAUAAAAUAGGCACCACUGUGUUGAUAAUGUAAUUAAAACCAUAAUCAUUAUUUAUCUAUAAUGUGCCCAUCAUUAAAUUUAAUUAUAGUGUAUUCUUUUGUUAGAUUUUAAUCUGCCACUUUGUAAAAAUAACCAUGUAAUUAUUAUUUCAGUUUUUAAAUUUGUGAACUGUAAUCACUGUCAUCAAGUUAUUAGAAAUGAAGCAUCACGGAGCUGACUGUACUCAAUUUUUAAAAAAUUGUAAAGGUUGAGGUAUAUUCCGUGACUUUCUCUAAGACAAAAAUGAACACCGAAAAUAGUUGGGAAAUUAACACAGGAGAAUAUGGAUAGUGAUUCCAUGUUUAUUUAAAUUGCCAUCAUGGAGGUCAGAGAAUGAACUAAUUAAGUAAAAGUAACUCUUUUAUUUUUUGUAUACCUUGUUCUGUGUCAUCUGUAAAAUCGAACUGGAUAAAGUGUUAAUUUGGGCCGGGAACAAAGCUUUGCUUUAAGAUUUUAAGCUAAUCAUUUUAUUGUUUUGUUGACUUUGUAUACAAAAAUGAGAUUCAUCUGUAUUAUGUAAGAGCUGAAAAAUAUUUAUAAAAUGGCAAAUUUGGACCACAGGCUUUUGUCACUUUGUACAGUAUAGUAAAAAAAAAAAGAAAAAUACCCUUUAUUUCUGGCAUAGGGUCAUGUCCUGUAAUUUUGGGUCUCUUUUACCUCAAAGUGUGUUUCUGCUCUUUUUCUGUUGCAGUCAGGUUUAUUUGAAAAUUGUUUUGUGCCUAUACUUGAUAACGUAUUUCCCCGUGGUAGUUAAGAAUUAUGCUGUAGUCAGUUUCAUUGGCAUCAUGAGAUGAAAGAAAGAUGGAUGUUAGGAAGAUAAAAGAUGAAAAGUGAGUAACUGUUUCAGAAUACGUGGACUUGCGACUCUUUAGUGUACUGUUGACUCCUUUUUUUGGUUUAGUCUGCUGUCUUGAAGUGUAUUGUGAAAGCCCCUAUUUGUCAUGUAUGGUUUAGCAACUGAAGCAGGACUUGGUUACAAAGAGCUCUGUGAACUGACAUAAUCGCCAGUGAUCAUAACAUUCCCAAAGUAUAAAAGGUAUUUCAGGCUUAUGCAUGAUAUUUUGGGGUGCGUUCACACCCCAGCCUUUCUCCUAGCAUAUGCUGAGCUGCCUUUUGGGGAGCAAGUGGCAUAAUUGGUCAUGCAUGCGUGUUUUCUGUCCAUUUCAGAACAGAGUGCCUUAGCCAGGCCAGAGGUUUGCUUUGUGUUUCUUCUGACCAAAGUUACCUAGACCUGUAGGAAGUUUCUUUUCAGGUUAUGGUAUGAAAAAUGUCCUUUCAUGCUUGUCAGAAAAUCCCCCUAUGUUUGAGGAGGGGCAUAGGAUAGAAAAAUCUAAAAAAUAUCUGAGUAUAUUCAUGUUGCCUUUUAUGAUCCUUUAAUAACAUUCAUGGUCUUAGUGUAAUCUACAUACAGGUUAAAAUUGCCACAAUUUAACCAACAUUCCUCCCUUAAUGUGUAACAGAUGUAAUUCAUGGGUUUUGGUCUUAAGGCUAAUAGAGUGAAUAACUUCCAAAUCAAGAAGUAAAAUAGUCUUCCCUGGCAUUUUAAUAAUGUCGUGGUUAAAUUUUAAAAAGAAGAUUUGAUGCUGAUUAUGGCCUAGAAUGUUACAGUACUAUUACCAACAUGUUAUCUAUUUUAAUAUAGAGCUCUUGGGAAGAGGAGUGCAUGUCUAGGGUUGCCACAGUUCUGAAUAGUUUCUGAAAGAAUACUGAUCAUGACCUGGAGCCUGGGCAUUGGGGGAACAUGCAGAGGAGAAAGCAAGCAUAGGUGGUGUCCACUUGAAGGGGAAGAAGAGAUCACUUCAGUGCCCAGUGAUGCUACUGCAGUGCACAGUUCAAAACUCACAAUUUAAGUCGUCCUUCCUCCAUUAAUUUCAAGUUCAAAUGUGAAUUUGAAAGUUUCCUAAGUGUUCAGUUUUCAAAGAGUUAAUUCAUGUUGUAGUCAGUCCAAAGGCAUUUGGAACACAUCUUGCUUUCCCUGAUAGCUCAAUUGGUAAAGAAUCUGCCUACAAUGCAGGAGACACCGGUUCGAUCCCUGGGUUGGGAAGAUCCCCUGGAGAAGGGAAAGGCUACCCACUCCAAUAUUCUGGCCUGAAGAAUUCCAUGGACAUAGUCCAUGGGGUUACGAAGUUGGACACAACUGAGCCUUUUUCACUUUCACUUUUCACCUUACUUUCCAAAGCAGGCUUUGAUUCUGUAAUCUGUGGAGAAUGAAAAAGUAAUCUGAAAGUGUUUGAAUCAGAGACUACUUCUCCCCUUAAUAUUUUAACAGGAAACCUGUUUGCAACUCUUCCUCUUCCUUCUUCCCCUGGGUUUCCCUUUAACCAGCCACCACCUGGGACAGAGACUCCACUUGCUUUGUCGCCCCCUGUACCCUGCCACAUUCAGAUUUCCUUGAUGGCCUUAGAUCUCUCACCUAGGCAAGGAGUGGGAAUGUGCCAGAGAUAACAAAGUAAAUCUGAAGGACUAGAUCUUUUGACUUUGGGUCCGCCAGUAAGUCAAAAACAGAUACAGAAAUCUUUGAUGGUGCUGAUUCCUGUGUUUAGAGUGGCCUUUAUGUUGACUUCAGUUCUGGACUUGCUGGAGCACGCUAUAGGAAAUUUGUGAAAUCAGAUUGAAAUUUUCUUUGCCCCAUGCGGUGUGCUUGUAAGGCCACAUGUCCAUUCUUGAACACCCUGUGGGUGGAUAGUCUUCAUUGAGCUGCCAGCACUAGAAACUUCCAGGGAGAUUUUUUAGCAUGCUGCAUUUGAAGCACUGUGACAUGUACCCUUUAAGUGACAGUUUUAACAGUAAAAUGGUGUUAAAUUAAUCACUGUGAAACUUGAAAGUAUCAUGUCCUGUACAUUUUAGGAAGCUUGAGUAAUUUUCAGAUUUUCCUUUAUUGUGUAACCCAUGUGAUUUGUGUAUUUUACUUUCCAUGUUUGACAGUGGUACAGAUACCUGACAUGUUGGCAGACAGUUGCUUUAGGAUAUAUGGUAAAUCAUGGUUGUCUAGCUUUUCCAGAGAAAGUGGCAGUGUGUUUACUUUUUCCUUUGUGUGGAGCCAUGGGAAUUGGACUUAUUGGCUAAUUCAUUUCCAUUGUUUCUGUGGUGCACAAUAAACAACCUUUUAAAACUGCAUGCUAGUAAUGCUUUCCUUUUUAAUAAAUAUGCGAGAGACAGUAAACUAGCCGAUUGUUUUUAAGCAGAUACUUGCUCUUUUUUCAGACAUAUCUUAAAUGAACUAAUAUUUCGGGUAGCAUAAGAAGUUUUGGCAUUUGCGGCCUUUUUCACAGGUGGCCUGAGUGAGUGGGUUAUAUUGCAUUUGGAGAGAAAGACCAGAUUCCCAAAAUUGCAAAAUGGCACAUGGACUGAUUUUAGAAUAUUUUAACAAGGGCUUGUCUUAGGGAGAGUCCGUUUGGACACAGAAGUAUUGUCUGGUCUCCUACAGGCCAUUCACAUUGUCUGUCUUUUCAUAGAAUGAUUCUUAGAAAACCAGAUUCAAUCAGGGUAGUGUUAUUUUGAAAGCAUAUGAAUUGGUUCAUCAUCAUGGAGUACCUAAUGCUACGUUGUAACCAGAGACACUUUUGGAGACCCACAGAGUGGCUAAAUGCUGUGGAUGCCUUGUGACUCUUAGGCUAAAGUCUUUUCUUAAGCAGUUUCUAUGGAUAACAGAAUUGGAAUUGAUUUUGGUGAAUUGAUUUUGGUUUUUAUUGAAACAUACACGGAGUAAGUUCUUGACUAGAACCAUGUUCAGUACUUCAUGUUACUAAUCAGAUUAUAGGAGGGGCCCGUUUUAAUUUUAUGAGGUCCAUGAAUGCUGCAUUAUGAAUCUGUUUGAAUUACUGGUAUCAUUCUGUAUCAGACUUAGUUUAGUAAGUACUAAUUAAGACUGCCCACAGUAUGAACAUUUUUGGGUGGGUUAUUUUGUUUAAAUAACUUAUCCCAUUAGAGCAGCUAUUCAGGAGACAAAGACCCAGCUACAGGUAAUCGUUUGCUUUUUCUGGAAUGUUCCAAGAAAGCAGAAUUCAGUAUUAAACUCUAAAUUUCAGAGUUUGUUUUUUUUAAAGUAGUAUUUCCUCUGGGUAAAGUGGAAGGCAGUGAACACUUGCUGAGGUGUAAACUCCUUUUGACCUGCAUUCUCCCUUUCCCCUCCCAUCUAAAAGAAUAGAUUAAAUUUGUAGCCAAUGGUAGGAAAAGAAAUUGACGCUUUUCGGAGUAAGGUUUCAUGUCCUGUGACUAAGAAUAGGUGGCGGGAAUCACGGCCAAAUCAAUUAUUGAUUUGUAUAGCCUGGUCCUAUUGCAGUUUGCUUUCUGUAGUAUUCUGAAACAGAAGGAUGAUUUCCAUCCCCUCAGGUACCUAGAAACAAUACCACUUAAGUAACUGGAAUGUGUCUGCUACAAAUGGAAUAUGUGAGAGAAGUUGAAAGGAACAUAAAGUUAUUUUCCCUUUCAAGUAGUUUAAUUGAACAUGUUUAUAAUUUGUCUACUUAGGACUUGCCCUUGUUUGUAGCAGAUAACAUAGCAUUUAUUUUAUCUGGUUAUGUGUGGUGUGUGGAUGCCUACAUAUUUUAAUAUGUAUACAUAUAUUCUUUGUACAUAUAUAUGUAUAAUGUAUUCGUAUGUAUGUGCAGUCUACUUUUGAUUAUCAGCAAGAUGAUAAGCCCUCACCAGACUGACUGUUUCUUCAUGUUGACUUAAUCUGCAUGUACCCUGUAACUCUGAGAAGACUGUUCCUUAUCUGCAUCUCCAGUCUUUCCUUCUUGCCUUUCAUCUUAGUCCCCAAGAAAGGCCUUGACAUAUGUCACUUUCCGCUUCCCUUUCACCGGGGAUUGUGUGAGUCAGAAAUCUUGUGAGAAGAUGGUUGCUUCCACCAGAGUUGAGGCUUCCAGGGUUUGAAUGAUGGUGGGGCCCAUUCCUGGCCAGAAGGCAGUGCUUGGAGCAGUUGUGCUCUUGGGCUUGAUGGGGGAAAACUCUAGCUUUUGUGGGAAAUGGGAUGUCACAACUUGCUUAAAUUCCUUAGCUGGAAUGUUGUGAGGUCUUAGGUAAUUUGAUGUGCAAACAGGGUACAGAUGUGCAUUUCACCAUUCGUUUUGUGUCAUCGGUAUUCCUGGUCCCCAUUGCUCGCCCACAUAAUCAAGACCUGUGUUUCUUGCCACUGGAUUCUGGAAGCCUUGCGCUCUCAACUGAAUUUAUGUUUUAUUUCUGCUGCUGUGAAACCCAAAAAUAAUGCAGUAGGUUUUAAUUUAAAAUUGUUUUAACUCUAUUAUGGAUAAAUAUUUAUUGUAAUAAAAGUAAAGAGUAAAUGGUUUUUAAAUCCUUUUAA